AUGCAAUACUCCGUCCUUACCGUUCUCAUUGGCCUUGUUGCCAUCUCCUCCGCCGCUGUGGCCGACGUUGAGGGUGUCCGCAAUGUUGCCCGCGACUCUAUUAUAGUAGAUCGCCAAAGCGGCAAUGGAAACCGGCCCUCCCCUGUCGGUGCCUGCUGUGUUGCCAACACCUCCCUCAAGCAGGACGCUUGUACUGCUACAGAUGGCACUCAAGGCAGAUGUGUCCCAGGAGGCAAUGCCUGCGGAAGCUCUCUAAGCUGUGUCGCCCAGGCAAAUCUGUCCUGCGACGCUGCCAUUAUUGAGCGUGGCAAAAGUCUUUGCCGGGCUAAGGCUGGCAAUGGCCAGCUCAUCGAUGGCGCUCAAACCAUCUCUAACUUGAGUCAGGCGAAGGUCAAUUAG